UAUGUAGAGUAGAAAUCAUUACGCGGAAAAAUAUUUAUCCUGUAGGUACUCUGAACUUACAGGCGCUUCUAUUAGAACGUAUUAUCUACGUACUUCAAUAAGUUAGUCAUAAUUACGACCGCAGGCUGGUUAGUAUUAACCAUUUUGUUGUCCUCAAAAUGUUGAAGUGUGUGCGGUUGUGUAGUUUAAUUUUAUUUUUCUGCUCGAUAAAAUGUGAUGAUCUACCAGAGGAUCUUAUCAUAAUACCAAAUUCUAAUGUUAUUAACUUCAAUGAAUUUGAAGUCAUAAAAUAUGUUUGUAUAGCUGGGAACAGAACAACAAAAUAUACCGCUAAUUUGUUUUGGUAUCAAAUUAUGAGUACAGUAGGAGCAUUGCCUGUGUUACGAGCCAGAAAUGAUGUCAAAUAUACAGCAGAAAAUAGCGACUCAAAAAGACUUGAACUAAAUAUAUCAUUACUGAAAGAUUCAAAUAUGUCAAAGAUAUACUGUUUACAAAGAUAUUUUGAUUGGGAUGCAGGAAAGUACUACAAUAUUGCAAAAAGCAAAAGUAUAUUGCUAGUUCUCGAGGGAACUGACAUGACCAAUGACAUAAUUACCAAAUAUAAUACGAAAACGCAAGUAUCAACAACAGAGAGAGUCAACAAAAAGGAGUUAGCACCUGAUGGCCUACGAGACAAGGAGACAUUCAGUGUAUAAUACUACAUACAUACAUACAUAAACAUACGCCUAUGUCCCACUGGGG